UCCGCUUGCUAUCAGUUCGUGCGGUUGCCUUGCCAAGUGCGGUCCGGUACAGCUCGGUACUCCACGUGUACGCAUGUACCAUCAGUGAACUUACACUCACAGGGCAUCUCUGUGUUCGCAGAUAUGAAAAAUGGAAAGGACGAAGACCAGGCCAACAGAGGACAUCUUAAUAAGGGAGAAGAAGAUGAAAUGGAGAUCUAUGGAUACGAAAGCUGCGCGACCUACAAGGUGGUCACCUACUUCCUGAUAUUGGUCAGCCUGGGUCUGCUCAGGCUGGUCUUCCAUUGGUGGCCUCAACUUUGGCUCUACUGCACGCACAAACCUGCAAAUCUCCAAAAGGCACAGCGUCUUCUAGUAAUCGAUACUUACGAGAAGAGGUUCAAAUCUAUAUUCGUCAAAGAAGUGAAGAAAGUAUUUCCUUUACCCAACAGAAGUGAAUCUAACAAUAAGAACUGCAAAGCAGAAAUUAAGAUGGAUGAAAAAGAACUAAAAACGAUUUCAGUAAACCUAGCCGAUGGAUCUAAAAUAGAUUUAUCCGAAAUGAGAGCAGUAUGGAUUAAGAAACUUUGCUACAUUUGGGUAAACAAAGAACAACAAUUUAUAAAGCUUGUGGGAAUGGAUCAAUCGAUUCAAAAGAGUGACCUCCAAAACAGUAGAGGAUUUUCGGAAGCACAACAAAUACAGAAGAGAAUCGCAUAUGGGAUGAAUGAAAUUAAUGUACCAAUUCAGUCUGUUUUGACUCUUAUAGCUCUAGAAAUUUUGAAUCCGUUCUAUGUGUUUCAAGUUUUUGCUCUUUCAGUGUGGAUUUCAGAUGAAUAUUAUUAUUAUUCUGUAGCUAUUAUAUUGAUGUCAUUAUUCGGUAUCGGGUCUUCAGUCUCUCAAACACACUCGAACCAAAGAAAGUUACGAGAAACAGUUCACUCCUCCGAUAUAAUAACUGUAAAAAGAGGAGAGGGAGUGUACGAAGAUGUAGCUACUACGGCAUUAGUACCAGGAGAUAUAAUUGUAAUACCAGCUCACGGUUGUACUGUUCCUUGUGACGCUGUUUUAUUGAAUGGAAACUGCAUCGUCAAUGAAAGCAUGUUAACAGGAGAGAGCGUGCCCGUUACUAAAACACCUUUACCCAACAAUGAUACAAAUUAUAACACAAAAGAAGAUGCUAAUCAUACUUUGUUCUGCGGUACUCAUGUUAUUCAAACUCGCUUUUAUGGGUAUGAGAAAGUUCAUGCAGUGGUCAUAAGAACAGGUUUCUUAACCGCGAAAGGAAGUCUUGUAAGAUCGAUUCUGUAUCCUCCUCCGGCAGAUUUCAAAUUUGAUCAAGAUUCUUAUAAAUUUAUUUGGGUGCUGGGAACAAUUGGACUGAUAGGAUUUUCAUACACAGUUUAUUCGAAGAUGUCACGAGGAAUAGCAUUAGGAGAUGUGUUUGUGAAAAGUUUUGAUCUCUUUACAAUUAUCAUUCCCCCAGCGUUACCAGGAGCGAUGACAGUCGGAAAAAUUUAUGCUCUACACAGACUCAAGCGACAGAAAAUUGCAUGUAUCAACUCCAGAGUAAUAAACGUGUCCGGCUCUCUCAACUGUGUUUGUUUCGACAAGACAGGUACACUCACUGAAGACGGUUUGGACAUGUGGGGAAUCGUCCCUACAAAAGAGGCAGAAUUCUCAAAUCCUUUAAAAAACCUGAACAAUAUGGAACAGGAUCACUUAAUGUUUGGGAUGGCUACCUGUCAUUCUCUCACCUUAAUAGAUGGAAAAUUGAUAGGCGAUCCUCUAGAUGUGAAGAUGUUUGAAUCAACCCAAUGGUCUUUUAAUGAAACGUCAUUACCGGAUGAAGAAAAAUAUGAUCUACUAGUUCCAGCUGUUGUAUCAUCUCCUAAGAGGCCCGAGAAGAUUGAUGUUGAAAUUGGUAUUUUACAUCAAUACCAAUUUUCAUCGAAGCUACAGAGAAUGAGUGUCAUUACACGCCAGCUAGGCAGCAAAGAUAUGAUCUUAUACUGCAAAGGAUCACCAGAAAUGAUAAUGUCCUUAUCAAAUCAAAAUACAGUGCCAAAGGAUUCGCUCAAAAAGUUAAAAGAAUACACCAAGGAAGGAUUCAGAGUGCUAGCAAUCGGAUGGAAACAAUUACAAAAUAUUGGAAUCCAUAAGUUUGAUAAGAUAUUAAGAGAUGACAUAGAAAAAGAUUUAAAUUUUGCCGGUUUUAUAGUGAUGGAAAAUAGGUUGAAGAAAGAAACGAUUCCCACCAUCGACGUUCUCAAAAAAGCUGAAAUAAAAAUUGUUAUGAUAACAGGAGAUAAUAUACAAACGGCCUUGAGCGUCGCUAAGGAAUGUGGCAUCAUCGGCCCCCGUGACACAACAGUAGAACUUCAUAUAACUGAUGAGAACUCUAAAAUUCCAGAAUUGGAAUAUCACGUGUCUCAAAACGAUGAUGGGCAGUGGAAAAAUAGCCACAGACAUAUGAAUGGUACUGUAGAAGAUGGGAUACAGACGGGAAAAAUGAGAUUGGCGACAACUGGAAAAACAUGGGCUGUCAUCAGAGAUAAGUUACCAGAACUGCUUCCUAGACUGGUUAUACAAGGUGCUGUUUUUGCUCGAAUGACCAGUGACCAGAAGCAGCAACUUGUUCUUGAACUACAGAAGAUGGGAUAUUUUGUUGCAAUGUGUGGAGAUGGAGCAAACGAUUGUGGAGCUUUGAAAGCUGCCCACGUCGGGAUUUCACUGUCUGAAGCAGAAGCAUCUGUGGCUUCCCCUUUCACAUCUCAAAAUGCUGACAUUUCAUGUGUUCCAAAAGUAAUCAGAGAAGGAAGAGCAGCAUUGGUAACUUCAUUCGGAGUUUUUAAAUUUAUGAUCCUGUACAGUUUCACCGAGUUUUUUUCAACUUUAUUUUUAUACCGAAUUGACAGUAAUAUUACAGAUUUUCAGUUCCUUUUUAUUGACGUUUUUCUUGUGGUGAAUUUUGCAUUCUUUUUCGGUCAGAGUAAAGCAUACAAAGGUCCUAUAGUUUCCGAAACACCUUUGUCAAGCAUGUUGAAUUUUAUACCCAUUACCUCACUUAUACUACAAGCUAUUACAAUACUUAUCAUUCAAACUCUAUCAUUUUAUUUCGUUCAACAGUUUCCUUGGUUUCAGCCAUUUCAUUUUAAAUUUAGAAAACAAUAUAAUUCAUUUGAGAACUAUUCAAUUUUUACUGUUUCUCAGUUCCAGUACAUCACAAUGGCUGUUACAUUUUCACAAGGUCCUCCCUACCGAGAACCUAUCUAUACAAACAAAAUAUUUUUUGCAUCAAUCAUUAUAAUGACGGCUGUUUGUUCAUACAUAACAAUAUUCCCAGCGAAUUGGAUAAUUAAAUUGUUACAGUUACGUUUUCCACCAUCGUAUGAGUUUUCAGUUCUUGUUCUCGGUUUGGGUUUGGUUAACUUUUUAGUUUGUUUAUUUUUUGAAGAUUUUAUUGUCAACAGGAUAUUAUUUAAAAAGAUGAAGUGUGGUAUUGACACAUCACGACAGGCUUAUGUAAAAUUAGAAGCAGAUUUUGAAAAUGCUCAAUGGCCACCAGAAGCAAAACGUUUCAGUGUACUGGAAAAAUCAGGCAGCAUAAACUUUGCUGACUCUGAAAACAUAAUUGUAACAAAACUAUAAACAUUUUAAAUAAUUAGAUUAAAAAUGUCCAAUGAAUAAUGUAUAUUACCAUGAACAUAUUGUAAAUAAUUUUUUAGAAUAAUGAAAGUAUUUCUCUGUGUAUAUAAUUUCAUUUCCUGAAAGUAUCUGUGAUAUUUUUGUAAUUUUAGAGUAUUUUAAUACUUAAUGUUGUUUUGGCAUUUUAUAAAUACCUACGGGACGUAUGCCGUCAAUGAAAUAUGGUCGCAAUAAACAAAAAUUAGACCUAUUUUAAUUGCUAUAUAAGUACAAUUUUAUGAAAUAAAUUAUAAAUAUAUGUUAAUGUUUUAAUCUUA